AUGUGUCCAGGCAAAGCAGGAGAGGCGCGAGCAAGCAUCCGGGUAGCAGGGCGGGAGAAGGGUCAAGUAGAACGAAACGGGUGCAAGCAGGCAAUACUACUAAAGCAAAGAGGAGACGGCCAUUGGGCAAUGGUGCUCAAUAGACGGGUUCACGACAAUCAAGAGACGGACUACAAUCAGUUGGUGCUGACAUUGUUGUCGGAUGGUAAUCUCUGUCUCUCAUUCAAUUUCUCUAAAUCCCAAUUUCUUUUCCAGUGUUUGGCUGAGCCUCUCAAACCGCAAUAUAGAGGCGGCAUCAUUAGCAACCCAGAGUUCAACAGAGGAAUUCAAGAAUGGUCUGCAUUUGGCUCCGGCAAUGUAGAACAAAGAACUUCCAGAACCGGGAACAAAUACCUUGUUUUUUCUCGCAGCGGAAGGAUACCUUAUCUCAGUGUUUCGAAGAAGGUUCUGCUUCAGAAAGAGAAGCUCUACACUUUCUCCGCUUGGCUGCAAACUGAUGAUGGAUUUGCUGAUGUUGUGGCUGUGUUCAAGGCUGGUGGCAAGCUCAUCCAUGCCGGAGCAAUUGAAGCCAGGUCUGGCUGCUGGUCCAUGCUCAAAGGAGGUCUUUCUGUUGAUGUUACUGGACCAGCUGAACUCCUUUUCGAGAGCAAUGCCACUGCAGCAGAGAUCUGGGUGGAUAGUAUCUCCUUGCAGCCAUUUACAGAAGAGGAAUGGAGGUCUCAUCAGACACAAACCGUCCAGCAGGCACGUAUGAGGGUUGUAAGAUUGAAGGUUGUGGAUGCCAAUGGAACCAUCCUUCCAAAUACCACCAUCUCCAUUAAACUGCAAAGGCCAAGCUUCCCAUUUGGCUGCGCCAUCACCCAAUCCAUACUCACAAACAGUGCCUACCAGUACUGGUUCACCUCUCGCUUCACUGUGACUACCUUUGAGAAUGAGAUGAAGUGGUACAGCACUGAGAAAUAUCAAGGGAAGGAAGACUACUAUUACGCAGACGCCAUGGUUGCAUUCUCGAAGCAGCACGGCAUUGCUGUGCGAGGCCAUAACAUAUUCUGGGAUGACCCAAAGUAUCAAAUGGGAUGGGUAACAUCACUAUCUUAUGCCCAGCUUAAGUAUGCUACUACUAAGCGACUCAACUCCAUCGUCUCCAGAUACAAAGGACAGCUAAUCGCUUGGGAUGUUGUUAACGAGAACCUUCACUUCAAUUUCUUUGAGCAGAGACUGGGACAAAGCUUCUCUGGUGAUGCCUUUAUACAAGCUAGGCAGAUUGAUCCAGGCACUUAUAUGUUCUUGAAUGAAUACAACACCUUGGAACAACCAGGUGAUCCGGCAUCAACACCUGAUAAGUAUCUGCAGAAGUUUUGGGAAAUACAGAGAUAUACUAAGAACAGUGUGAAGAUGGCAAUAGGGUUGGAAGCACACUUCAACCAACCAAAUAUUCCCUUCAUGAGGGCUGCUCUUGAUAAGCUUGCAGGAGCAAAAGUGCCCAUCUGGCUCACCGAAGUAGAUGUCCAGAAUCAAAAUCAGGCACAGUAUCUAGAAUCCAUCUUGAGGGAGGCUUUCUCACAUCCAGCAGUUAAAGGGAUUGUGAUAUGGGCUGGAUGGCACCCUCAGGGCUGCAACAGGAUGUGUUUGACUGAUAACAACUUCAGGAACUUACCCACUGGAGAUGUAGUUGACAAGCUGAUCAAAGGGUGGAGAUCUGACACUGUGGUGGGAACAACUGACAGCAAUGGCAUCUUUGAAGCUCAACUCUUUCAUGGAGAGCAUGAGGUCAAAGUGCUUCGGUCACCUGGGGGUUAUCUAACAGUCAAUGAGUUGGAAACAGUUUCUCAUGGUGAUGGCAAAACACAUGUGAUUGUUGUAUAAACAUUAUACGUGGUGCAUAU